AUGCAUGAUUCAAAGAGUGUUUCAGUACCUCUAAGAGGACAAUUUGUACUUUCAAAAGAUCAAAGUCCAAAGACUAUUGAGGAGACAAAGGAAAUGGCUAAAGUCCCUUAUGUUAUGGCACUAGGGUGUUUAAUGUACAUCAUGGUCAGCACUAGACCAGAAAAAACACAUGCUCUAAGCAUCCUUAGUAGGUUUAUGUCCAACCCCGGAUUAGAGCAUUGGAAUGCUCUUAAGUGGCUACUUAGAUAUCUAAAGGGAACUACUGAGAUGGGACUAAGAUACAAGCAGAUGGAUCAGAAAGUUACACUUGAAGGUUUUGUAGGUGCAGACUAUGCAGCAAGUAAGGAUACAAGGAGGUCAACUACUUCAUAUGUAUUCACAACAAAUGGAGAUUGCAUAUGUUGGAAGUCCCAACUACAGUUAGUUGUGUCACUAUCAACAACUGAAGCUGAGUUCAUGGCCACCACCGAAGCAUUCAAAGAGGCAAUAUGGUUACAAGGAAUGCUACAAGAGCUGAAGAUGAUGAAAGAUAAAGCUAAGAUAUACUCAGAUAGUCAAUCUCCAAUUCACCUCUGUAAAAAUCCAGUAUACCACGAAAAGAGAAAACACAUUGACAUUCUUUUGUUUUGGAUAAGAGAAAAGAUAGAGGAAGAUGUGAUAUCAUUGGACAAGAUUGGUACUGAGGAUAAUCUAGCUGAUAUAGGAACUAAGGCACUACAUGUGAACAAGUUUAAGCAUUGCUUAAACUUGCUCAACCUUCGUAACUAA